AGCGCCCCUGUCACGCUGAGCCUAAUAAGGGAAUCUAUCCGCGGCCGGCGCAUUGUCACCACCGGCGGAGCACGAGGUUUUGAUUGAAAGUGCGAUUUAGCGUUCGCACUCGCCGAGUUUUCGUUCAGCAGUGCUCGGAAGGAGAGUUUACGACUACUCUAAUCAUUUAUACGAAGCUCAGCCACGAUCAUGUCGUUCCGUGGCGCUGGUUCGUCAGCUCUUUCGCAGAUGCUGAAGGAAGGUUCUCGACACUACCAGGGCGUAGAUGAGGCUCUCUUUCGAAGCAUCGAGGCCUGCGUCGAACUUUCUCGAAGCGUCGCGUCGGCCUAUGGACCAAACGGACUGAACAAAAUGGUAAUCAACCAUCUCGAGAAACUAUCUGUGACCAGCGAUGCUGCGACCAUUCUUAACCAACUCGAGGUACAACACCCUGCCGCCAAGCUCCUCGUCAUGGCGUCUCAGAUGCAAGAAGCGGAGGUGGGUGAUGGCACUAACGCCGUAGUUUUGCUUGCCGGCGCGUUAUUGGAAAAUGCUGAGGAGCUUGUUCGAAGUGGUCUUACGCCUGUGCAAGUGGCCGAAGGCUAUCAGCUUGCCAUGAAAAAGGCUCUCGAUCUGCUGCCUGAAUUAAAAGCCGAUGAAGUGCAGGACAUGCGCAAGCCGGAUCAAGCUCUCAAGGCGGUUCGCACUGCCAUGUCAAGCAAACCUUUGGCCGGCGCCGAUUAUUUGACAAAGCUGGUGGCUGAAGCGUGCCAGGCAGUGCUUCCGGAAUCCGGUGCCCUCAACGUGGACAAUGUUCGCGUCUGCAAGGUACUCGGCUCAGGUCUCGACCAGUCUCAGGUAGUCCUUGGUAUGGUUUUCAAGCGCCAGGUCGAGGGCGACGUAACCAAAGCACGCGACGCUAAGGUCGCCGUCUACUCGUGCGCCGUAGACUCACUACAGACAGAAACGAAAGGCACAGUUCUGAUCCAGUCAGCGCAGGAGCUGAAGAACUUCUCGCGGGCCGAAGAGAACAUGCUCGAGGCGCAGAUCAAGGCCAUCGCCGACGCUGGCGUCAAGGUGGUGGUCAGUGGCGGCAAGGUGGGCGACAUGGCGCUCCACUACCUCAACAAGUACGGCCUGAUGGCGGUGAGGCUGCAGUCCAAGUUUGACGUGCGCCGCGUCUGCCGCGUCGUGGGCGCCACUGCGCUGCCCAAGCUGGCCGCCCCUCGGCCCGAAGACCUCGGCCUGUGUGACUCGGUCUACCUGGAUGAACUGGGUGAUACGCCGGUGGUGGUGUUCCGCCAGGAGGGACACCAGACUCGCGUGGCCACUAUUCUGCUGCGCGGCUCUACCGACAGCCUUCUGGAUGACGCCGAGCGCGCUGUGGACGAUGGCGUGAACGCCUUCAAAGCUGCCACCAAGGACGGUCGCCUGGUGCCCGGUGCAGGUGCUGUGGAGGCGGAGCUGGCCCGGCGCCUGGCCACUUGGGCCGACACCUUGCCCGGUCUCGAGCAGUAUGCGGCGCACAAGUUUGCCCAGGCGCUCGAGUCUCUCAUUAGGACGCUGGCGCAAAACUCUGGAGCCUCCAAGCCCGAAGAGCUCGUCGCCCAGAUCCAGGCGGCCCACAACCAGGGUAAUACCAAUGCCUGCCUCAAGGAUGAGGGCCUGGGGGAUGCUGUGAAGAACGGACUCGUGGACCUUCUGAUCACGAAACACUGGAGCCUCCAGUACGCGACCAAUGCUGCUUCCACGGUUCUCCACGUGGAUCAGAUCAUCAUGGCCAAGCCAGCUGGAGGGCCUAAGGGAAAGCCUGCCGGAGGGGACUGGGAUGAUGACAAGUAAUCAGUAACCAAAUAAAAAGCCUUUCCUGUCUUCGUA